UCUUCCUCGAUGUUCUUCUUUUCUCUUGAUCUCGCGCCGGCGAUCUCCGAGAAAACGCUCCAGAGAUCAUGGGUCGCCGGAGAAGUCUCCUUGCUUUCCUUCUUCUCCUCUCCAUCUCCUUAUCGCUCUUCUGCUCGAACGCCUCCGCUGACUUCCAAUCCGAUGAGCUCCUCCAGGACGAUGACGAGUUUGGCCUUGAGGGGGCCCGUUCCCCCGAUCUCGAGCACCUCAAUCCAAUUCGCACACCGAUCCGCCGGAGAUCGGAUCCGGACUCCUUCUCUUCUUCCGAUUCGAAGGCGAUCCAAUUCACUCUCGAGCAUGCUUUUGGGGACUCGGGUUUCUCACCCGCUGGCACUUUCACGGCCCGGCUUAAGUCCUGGAAUCAUGGUGGACACACCCUCACAAAGCUCCGCUUUUCAAGGAAUGCACUAACACAUGCAGAAAAGGAAGCGUUUGAAAAGCUGCUGAAAGAGGAUGAUUUUUACAUCAUCAGAGUGCCAUCCAAUGUGUUGAGUCCCGGACCAGAUUACAUUGUUUCAUCAAUAAAAGCUAGGUGCCUCCCCCGUGAGACUUUGGAUGAGCAAUUUGUUAUUCAUGCGGAAGGAGUGAAUAUUUUGGCUGUAAACUAUGGUUCUGCUGGCCCUUGCCAAUAUCCACGGCCAUUAAAAUUUCCGGCAAAGUGGUCUUUCAAUUCUUACACACUGCUGAAGACUAGUGAGCAGGCACCAAGGACCCCAGCAUUUGCUGAAGAACUGCUUGCAGGGGAAAAUGGAGAAGAGGAAGGUGUUAAGCCACCUGAAAAGUCUUUCUGGGCUAAAUAUUGGAUGUAUCUUAUUCCUCUGGGACUCAUUGUUAUGAAUACCGUGACACAAGCCAUGAACAUGCCGGAAGAACAGGCGGGUGGGCAAUCUGGUACCCAAGCUCAGCAGACAGUAGCACAGCGGGGGCCUAAUGCUGCUGCAAGGAGAAGAUGAUCAUUAGGCAGUGUGCGAUUGGAAGGGCGGCUCGAGGACUGAAGAUUUUAAUGAAUUAUAAAUGGAACUGCUGCAUUAACGGGCCGGGUGCCAUGUUCAAACAUCAUUUUCUUUUGCAUGAUGGACCUACAUCAGUUAUUCUUUUUGUAGUCCAUGCUUACCGCAUGAUAAUGACAAUGUUUUUAGGCCGCUUGUCUAUCCAGACUUAGUUUUUUAGUGCAUGAAAAUGGGAAGUAAAUUCAUUCAAUGACGGUUGUAUUUUAUCAGGCAAAUAGUUUCUUAUGGUUUUGUCUGCCAA